AUGGGAGAAGCAAAGUUUUUCCUUGGUCUUGAGAUUGCUAGAUCUACCGCAAGAAUAGUCUUAAAUCAGAGAAAGUAUGCUCUUGAAUUACUCUCAGACUCAGGCUUGCUUGGUUGUAAGCCAGCAACUACUCCCAUGGAUAGCUCUCAGAAACUUAGUGCUACCAUAGGGAAACCUCUGUCUGAUAUCAGCUCCUAUUGUCGCCUCAUAGGUAGGCUUUUGUACCUCACAACUACUAGGCCCGAUAUCUCUUUUGUCGUGCAUCAAUUGAGCCAAUAUCUCUCAGCUCCCACUGAUGUUCAUGAAGCAGCAGCUCACAGGAUUCUUCGAUACAUCAAAGACAAUCCUGGAUGUGGUCUCCUCUAUUCUGCUUCUUCAUCAUCUGUCUUAACAGCUUUUAGCGACUCUGACUGGGCCGAUUGUGCUGACACACGCAGGUCUAUCACUGGCUAUUUUCCAACGCUUGUCGCAACAACUUGCAAUCUUGCAUGGCGUGCUUGGAGUUCCUACAUGUGGUGUGUUGGUCUUGCAACUGCUACUCCUAGUUGUGUUUCUCAGUCCUGUUAUGAGCAAGACUAUCAAAAAGAUGAUGAGGAUGACUCUGAGACUACAGAACACUAG